AUGGACGACGACGUCAAGACCGCGGCGAAUGCUAUGAACGAUCGAGGUGCCGAAUUGGAUUUUGAGGUCACUGUGGUCGAAGGUGAUGAGAUGGAGGAAGGACUCAUGUCUUCGCAGGUUCGGAACACCCUUAUGGGCUCCAAGAACGCAGCCUUUGGAGAAGACAGCAAACCUGCACGCCCCAUGGGACUCUGUGGCUGCUUCUCUUUAGCUUACUAUCAGCCGUACUUUGAUGUCGACACAGCGGACGUUCAGCAGCGUCUGAUACGAGCGCUAGUGCCGUUCAAGAAGGACCCAACAUUCGCUGACCUGGCACUCCAGUCACCUGAUGCUUAUGGACCAUUUUGGCUCUCCACGACACUCAUAUUCUGCUUGGCGUCGUGCAGCAAUGUCGCGUCCUUUUUGGAUUACGUGGGCGACACAGAUGAAUGGGCAUACGAUUUUAGCCGUCUGGCUUCGGCGUACACAUUGGUUGAGAUCUUUCUUUUGGGCCUGCCCAUGCUCAUCUGGCUCGUGGGUAAAUACUUCAAUGUGCCUAUGAAUUUGCUCUUUCUUGUGUGUCUAUAUGGAUACUCGGCGAUUAUGUUCAUCCCGGCGGCGAUAUUGUGCGUUUUUCCGAUCGAUGCUAUGGACUGGGUAGCAAUGUUGAUGGCGAUGACGUGGUCGCUCUUUUUCUUGCUGACCAACCUCUGGCACGUCAUUUCUGAGCAUUUAACAAAGGAAAAGAUGCUGCCGGUGUUGGCAGUCAUCAGUGGGGCGCACAUGAUGUGGGCCAUUCUCAUGAAGCUGCUAUUCUUUUAG